UGUCUGUUUAACAAUCUCUUCUGAUGAGGACUCAACUCCGCAACACGAGAUCCGCGCCUCCUCCCGGAUGCUCAUCAGCUCUUACCAGGAGCCGCUGAAGAGAGAUGUUUAGAUCUCUGAAAUGGCAGUGCCGUCCGCUCGUCGACGGCGCGUUCUUAGGGUUGGUACUGAGGUUCCUGCUCUCUCUGCUUGACAAACAGGAUCGAUUUGAUGUGGAUGAUGGUAUCCAUGCCUUUGAGUGAACGAAGAUCGUGCGUGCGUGCGAUUCUUGUGCUUUCUCCUUGCUUUGGAUCGACGAAAGAGAAUAUCCCAGAUUCAGAACAGAGACCUACCGUGAUCACUCACCUCUCUGCGAAUCUCGAAGCCAGCUCGAACUUCCCUCGCAACACGAAGCAGCCCUCUUCGACUGCUUCGAAACCCGCCAGCGACGACGCCGUAGACUUCAACCCUUCUCUCAAAAGAGAGAGCCCUCGGUCCCGCGCCGCCAUCUAUAGCUUGAGCGACAACUCAGAACAUCGCCGCACCACGCACGCGCCGUGCUCUUUCUCCCCAUCCCAAUGGGUUUCAGGACAGGACAUGAAUCUUGAGUUUCGUUGUCCAGGAUGACAACACAACGGUCCAUGGCUCGCUUUCACAAAAGGCUAGACCCACUCUUCAAUGAGUGGAAGCGGCCGAUCCCAGGCACAACACGCCGAGGUAGACGGCCCAUGAAAGCCGUUCUUCCAGAACGCAAAUCGGACAUUCACGGACA